UCUCUCUCUCUCGGAGAGGCUUGUCUCGGCACAGGGUCAAAUCUCUUCAGUUUCAGAUCAGAUCAGAUCAGAUCAUCUGUUUGGAUAUUCCACAUGUGCUCUUCAACAGAAGCAUGAACGGGAUCCCACUGUACUGUACAACACACUUCAACAUGGAGGCUGUAAGUCGCAUUUAAUGGAAUUUGGAAUCUGAGGGAUAUACAUAAUGGAUUCCUGGACAUUUUCGUUCUCACCCAGUAACCUCCCCAGCAAUCUGUCUGGACUCCCCAUGUACGAUGACAUCUUGCUCGGCAACAUAUCUGAAGACGGCCUGGGAAACGAGACGGACCAGAGCUUGACCAAAACCAGCACAGCCGUCAUCACCUUCAUGUACUUUAUUGUGUGUGCCAUCGGUCUGUGUGGAAACGCUCUGGUCAUCUACGUCAUCCUGCGAUACGCCAAGAUGAAGACGGUCACCAAUAUCUACAUCCUGAACCUGGCGGUGGCAGACGUGCUGUUCAUGCUCGGUUUGCCCUUCAUCGCUAUCCAGUUGGCGCUGGUGCACUGGCCAUUUGGUUCAGCUCUGUGCCGUGUGGUCAUGACUGUGGACUCUCUCAAUCAGUUCACCAGUAUUUUCUGUCUGAUGGUGAUGAGCAUCGAUCGGUACCUUGCUGUUGUGCAUCCCAUCAAGUCCACCAGAUGGAGGAGGCCCAAUGUCGCAAAGACCAUUAAUCUGGUCGUGUGGGUCGUGUCUCUCGUCGUCAACAUCCCAAUUGUAAUCUACAGUGGGCUGAUCACCAAACCUGAUGGCUGCUUCUGCACUAUUGUGUGGCCAGAGCCGCAGGAGACCUACUACACCACCUUCAUGUUCUACACCUUCUUCCUGGGCUUCUUCCUGCCUCUGAUGGUCAUAUGUCUCUGCUAUUUGUGCAUUAUCAUCAAAGUGAAGUCCUCAGGAGUCAGGGUGAGCUCCAGUAAACGGAGGAAGUCUGAGAGGAGGGUGACGCGUAUGGUGUCCAUUGUGGUUGCCGUCUUUGUGUUCUGCUGGCUGCCUUUCUACAUUUUCAAUGUGACAUCAGUCACUGGCACUAUUAGCACCACGCCUUUUUUAAGGAGCAUGUUUGCCUUCGUCGUGGUGCUAGGAUACGCCAAUAGCUGCGCAAACCCAAUAUUGUAUGCUUUCCUGUCUGAGAACUUCAAAAAGAGUUUCCAGAAUGUGCUGUGCUUGAAAAAAGCGAGUGCUUUGGAUGAGGCUGAACGCACUAGUAGCAAACAGAACAAGCCGCAAAUCAUGAACGAGCCAACAGAAACUCAGAACACUCUGCUAAAUAGAGACCUGCAAACCAGCAUGUGACAAAACAAAGGUCGUUGCUCAGCAAACUAUGGAUCUGAAAUCAAUAGAAACUGUGGUCUCUACAAACAGAGUAAGAGAAGUGACUGUAAAACCAUUAAAUAUGGUUUCCAUUUUAAAGCCCACUGGCUUAGUUUCCCAAAGUUACAAACUAAUGGAUUUUUGGAAAUCUUACCAUAAUUUCCAUUCAUUGGUUAGAACCUGUAAAAAUCAUUGGUAAAACAUUAGUUUAGAGACCAAUUCUCACUAUUAACUAUUAGUUUAUAAGCAUGCCUAUUAUUAGCUAAUCAUCUGUUUAUUAGUGCUCAUAAAGCAUAUAUUAACGAGCAGCAAAUUAGGAGAUUAUUGAGGCAAAAGUCAUAGUUAUUUUUUUUUUGUUAAAAGCUAGAAUUGGACCUUAAAAUAAAGUCCACCAGUUCUUCCUACUGACUAACUAUUAACUAUGACUAUUGACUAUGAAACUCCUAAUUUGAUGUUUAUAGUUAGUUGUUAGGUUUAGUCAUAGGGUGGAUCAAGGGAUGUAAUAUAUUUUAGUACAGAAUAAGGCAUUAAUAUGUGCUUUCUAAGCACUAAUAAACAGCUGGUAAUAUGCAAAGCAACUAGUUAAUAGUCAGAAUUGGUCUCUAAAUUAAAGUUACUAUACAUUUUAUAAGUUUUACUCUGGAUUGUUAUUUAAAAAGUAUAUUUAUAGAGUUCUUUAAACAAAUUGUGAUUAUAAACAGAAGGACUAAGGUAUUCUUCAGUCGUUGUGUUUGUAGAAAAUAUUCAGAAUCUAGUUUUUACAUUUGUUUUUUAUUUUUAUUUUAUCCAUAAACAAUAGCAAACACCACCACCAUAAAUUCAUUACAUUAUACAAAUAUGCUUUUUAAUUUACACCUUGUAGCCAGCAAAAUGCUGAACUGGAUUGUAUUGUAAUAUGUAUCACUCUGUUUUGCAUUGUACGUGUUAAUUCAUCCAGAAAUACCAUAUUGCUGUAGUCUUCCUAAUAGCAGUUAAAGUCAAAAAUAGAGUCAGGGGUCUCUCUCAUAAUUUCUAAUAACUGUGCAAAGAUUCUGGCCUCUAUCCCUUUGAAUCACCGUAAUGUUAAGGACAGAUAGUAAUCUAGAGAGAUUUUCCUCGUCUUAAUAUAAUGUUCAUUUGAAAAGGGCUAAAGCAUUGUCCUUAUGUUACUUCUGAGAUCAGGCAGGGACACAUAUAUCAUGAUCCAGCCUGAUCUUACACGCAAAACAUACAUAUGUAGACGCAAAUUAAAACGGUCCAAUGUGUAUAUAACUUUACGUAUUUACAGUGCCAUAGAACCUGCUUUGACCAGUUACUUAUUUAAUAACAAGACAUUUGAUUAUGAAGUCACCUUUAAUUGAGCAUCUGCUUAUAAUACUUUGUUCACCAUGAAAAAAACAAUUAUUUGCGUCGCCAUAAAUAACCGUCGUUUAUUUGAAUAAAUGAUGGCAGUGGCAGAUUUACACACAAGCGGAGAUGUGGUGUUUGAACCAUAGCCAGUUACAGUUACAGUUCUGUUGAGUCUACCCAGGAAGCAGAAGAGCAGGAGAGGGCAGUCACGGCCAAGAAAGAGAAAAAAACAAUCAGAUCCUCUUCUUGAGCUCCUGAAGGAAGACGUGGCACGCCAGAAGGUUCUGUUUGUCAACAUUUCUCAAAAUCUUUAAAGUAAUGAAUUCUAAAUGGCUUAAACAAUCGUUAAUGAAUAAAUAUCUUUGGUUACACAUUAACAAAAAUAAAAGAUAAGUCGUGAAAAAUAUGUGUUGUGCCGUGUUGUGUGAGCUCUCAUGCUGACUUCCUAGUAAGCCCAAGAACAAAAGAAGUGUUAAGGAUUAUAGGUUAAUAAAGCUGUAUAAACUAAAUUAACCUUAAGUAUACUGUAGGUAAGUAUACAUUUAAUUUUAAAAUAAGUAUUGGUAGCCAAAUUAAAUUAAAUUGUAUUUAGUUUUCAACUUACUAUUUUAAUUAGGAUGAUUUCUGUAGUCGUGGUCCUGGUUGACAUCCUUUAAGGCAGACACUUGGUUGCACAAUAUAUAUACACAGACACACAAAUAUGAAAACAUAAAUUGUCACCAUAAUUAGUAAAUUCUUUUAUCUGAUAUUGUGUGUUAAGUAAAGGUCAAUUAUAGAGAAAAAGAAUGCAGUCUUUGGUGCAAAUGUUGGAUGCACUUCAAGUGCCUGAAGAAAGAUGGCUCUAAAUCACGUCUUCAUCAUUCCAAAAGUAUGCUCAAUAAUUGAGCGGAUGUCAUGGUUGCGAUUGGCUUCUCUGUGCAGGGGUACCCACCAUCACAAGGAGGAAAAAGCCCUGAGCUGGAUAUUUUGCCUGGUUGUAAAUGGGGCUGUUCUGAAGCCCAGUGAGUCGUGGACACUCCAGGGGUACCCUACAAAAAUGUCUAAAAAUGGUCGCAUAUCCAUUGAAGCAGGAUUUCAGUUUUUAUAACACUGUCCAUCAGGGCCAGCUGGUGGUUUUAUUCUCACAUGACAUCCAUCAGUUGCUCCAACAGCUUUACCAAAUGCCUGGUGAUUGGUGAGAGAAGCAAAGCAUGCACCAACCUGGAGCAGGUGUUCUUCUGACUUUGGUUGGGCCACAACCUCUGGCAGAAUUGCCAUGACUUCAUCAGCCACUGGCCAUGGCACAUCCCAAAAUCUGCGACACAACCCUGUAAGAUGCACCACAGGCCAACCAAUACAAAAACACCAAUGUCUGGAGUGCUGUACCCCAGCCAUGUCUCCGUUGCUGAUGAGGCAGCUCCAAAAGUUAACAGAGGCUCUCUCUCGUCAGACGAAAGUCUGCUUUUGUAUCCCCUCUUCUCCAGAACGGGGACAUGAGGAUUGAGCCUGCAAUACUUGAUGUCUGUCUGUAUAAAACAAAAUAAUAAAAAGUAUAUUUACAACUACA